GACGAAGUUGAAUCAAAGUUCAGUGUUCACAUACGCGUUCAUUUGUUAUUUAAAUUGUAAAUAGCUGUCAUUCCGGCCAGUACGCGACAGAUCGUGCUCUAAAGAGGUUGUGUUCGUGUAGUUUUAAAUAUUAUUUUUAAAAAUGCAUCGGUUGACAGUGCUUGGAUUAUUGUUGGCGUUUACGGGGUGUGCAAUUGGCCAUACUUAUCAUCUAGGAGCAUGUCCUAUUGUGGAACCUAUGUCUGGUUUUGAAAUGAACAAGAUGCUCGGAGUGUGGUACGUGAUACAGAAGACAUCGACUGCGUCUCACUGCAUCACGUACAACUUCACGCGGACGGCGGAGCCAGGGACAUUCGAGAUAGAACAGGUCUCGCAACAUUUCAUCUUAGGAUUGACACCACUCGACCAUGACUACAGAUAUAAAGGAGUUCUUACUGUCCCUGAUCCAGCAGUGCCGGCCAGAAUGAAAGUGCGCUUUCCUUUAAGCGUCGCUGGUUCAGCAAGUUAUACCGUACUAGCGACUGAUUAUGACCAGUAUGCGGCUAUAUUCACUUGUCAGAAGUUAGCCUUCGCUCACAGACGUUCUGCCACCAUACUCUCGCGCACCAAGGAGCUAGAUAAAAUAUUUGUUGAUAAGAUGAGAUUGAAGCUGGCAUCUUUCGGCGUGGAUCCGUACGACCUGUCGAUAAUCUCGCAAUCGGAGUGCCCGGGCCGGCCCAAUGGCGCAACAGAGGGCGUUGACAUCAAUAUUAACCCAGACACAUUCUCCACGCACAAUAUUGGGCAAGUUGUAAGAAAGACCGGCGGAGUUAUUGCCGAUGGUGUGGAAUACGUAGUGGAAGCUGGCAAGAAAGUGUAUCACAAAGUGACCGACAGCAAGGAAGACCUCACUGAGACACCAAACAUUCAUUUGGCUUCCCCAAACCGACUUUCCGCCAAACCCGAUGACGAUGCAGAAUGGUUGCCGUAAAACACAAAAUUAUGACUGAAAUUUUAUUUAAAACUAUUUUUAAACCUUUUGUAAUGACAUUAUACUACCUUUAACAAUAUCAUAGACAAUAUUUUCCCGCCAUAAGUCAUGAUAGGAACCAUUUGACAACUGUCAGUACAAAAUAAUACUCUACUCUGUAGAAUACUUGGAAGUCAAAGAAAUGCAUUUCUUCAUUAUAGAUGAUUAGGUUUAGUAUUUUUUAAGUAAUAAAUUGAUACGAAAU